GAAGAAUUUCUGUCCCGGUAAAAUUGCGUCACGAAACAUACCCGACGACAACAAAACAUGGAGGAAUACGCCCGUGAACCUUGUCCCUGGAGGAUAGUAGAUGACUGUGGGGGGGCCUUCACAAUGGGCGCCAUCGGCGGUGGUGUUUUCCAGUCUAUCAAAGGGUUCAGGAAUGCCCCAGUGGGUGUUCGCCAUAGACUGAGAGGGAGUGCAAAUGCUGUCAGAAUAAGAGCCCCCCAGAUUGGAGGUAGCUUUGCUGUGUGGGGUGGUCUGUUCUCCACCAUAGACUGUGGCCUGGUGCGUCUGCGGGGGAAAGAGGACCCCUGGAACUCCAUCACCAGCGGAGCUAUGACUGGGGCCAUUCUGGCUGCUCGCAGUGGCCCCCUGGCAAUGGUUGGCUCAGCAAUGAUGGGAGGCAUCCUACUGGCCCUUAUUGAAGGAUUCGGCAUCCUGCUCACCAGAUACACAGCACAGCAGUUUCAGAACCCGAGUCCUUUAAUGGAUGACCCAAGCCAGCUUCCACCAAAAGAUGGAGGUCAGGAACAAGAUGGCCGUGGUUAUGGACAGUAUCACUGAAGCCGGUUAGAAGCCGCUGUGUUGGCUGACUACUGGCCGAGAUAGAGAGAGUGUGAGAGGGGGCUGUUAGACUCGUAGAUCUUCCACUUGAUUGGCAUUGCCAUCCCGAAGAGUUUGGAGGAACUUACAUCAUGCUCCCCCUCAAUCUGGACUAGUUUUCAAUGUGGUUCUUAUCACUCAGGGGCAAAAUGGAAAUUAUUGUUAAUAGCGUUGGUUCUGGCCAAGAUGGUGGGGUUUCAGGUGAUGCAGUAUAUGCACUUUUAUGCACAGACUCUUAAUACCCAAUAUCAAAAAUUGGAUCAUUUAUAUACCAUCUUUUCAAUAUCAAGAUUUUUCUUUCGACCUGCAUGUUCAGAUCAGAUGUAUUUCCUUAACCCUUAAAAUUCUUCAUCCUAAAAAGUAAAUGCUGAGGUGCUAUUAAGCACAUACCUCUUGCAGACCAGGGCAACUUCACACGUUUACACUCUGCGUAGACAGCGUUAAGUGUGUUAUGAGGGUAUAGAUGUUGUCAGUAACUUUUAGAAGAAAUCAGUGUAGUCAAGAGCCACUUCCUAGUAUAUGUUUGAAAAAUCCAAUGUACUGUAUCUAAUGGCUUUGACAUAUAACAAUGGGAAUCCCAACAUUACCUCUUUUCUGCAUACUGAUAGUGGGACAUAUGCAUUGUAUGACCUUGGUUUACCGGAACUAUCCUGUGGUCUCACAGUGUUAGCCAGCUCAUAAACAAGGUGCCUCUUCAGUGUUGCACUGUCAAUGUUUCUGUUAAAAUGGCAUAUUGACAUAUCAACAAUACUUUGAGUCAGACCAAAGUUAUAUUUUACAGAUUAGAUACCAUCUUUACAUUACCGUGGCAGCCAUUCACUGGAGUCUGUGCAAGGUUGCAAACUCCUUUUUUAGGGUGGUCGCUAGGUAAUCUUUGGAUAUUUCUUUCCCUUUGUCAGUGUUGUGGAAACUCGAUUGGGAAUGUAUUACAUCCUUUGAAUAUAAUCUUAAAAGGCCACAAUGGCUUUAUGGUCAGUUAACCAUGUCUUGUCUGCAAUACACUACAUUGUUUGUCAUCAUUAUCUAUGUUUGGCGAUUCACCCGACUACUUCUGUGUCUCACAUUCUGUGUCCCGGAACAUUGCUCUCAAAUCUUAUUCUUAGUUUUCUCUUACCACAAAUUUCAACUAGGGUUACAUUUUGCACCGUGGUACAGUUAGCAUCCCCAAAAAGCACUUAACCUGUUCUCCAUGCCUCAUCGAUGUUGCUCAUAUUGACCAAAUAUGAUGAGUUAUGGAAGAAAGGAAUAUUAAUUACAUUUUAUUUAUGAGUAUACACAUGAAUAGUUUUGAUGAUUAUUUAUUGAAGGAGAAUUUAAAUGAGAAUAUGUUUGUAAUGAGUCAAUAAAGUAUUUUAUUGUUGA